GCAGGUGUGACAUCGACACAAAGUCACAUCUCCUUCUCUAGCGCACCUUACAGUAACCGUGAAGACAACUUGUUCAAGGAGAACCACGACGCUUUUCGAUUCAAUAAACCUUCCAAGUCAACAAAUUACAGGAAUGGACAAUAGCAGCAGACUGAUGUUCGCAGUCGUCAUGGUAAUAGCGUACAUGGCGAUGAGAGGCCAGACUCAGAACUCCACAACGGCCCAGAACGCCACAAAUACAGCUAAUACUACUACUACGGGACCCAACACAACAAUGACUCUGACGACUGUGGCACCUAUUGUCAACAACACCGUCACACCUCUCACAGGAAACAUCUUAAGGGCGGAAUGUGGAAAGUCUCAGUUCUGUGCUGCUGUGCCAGACAACUGUGAUCCGUCCGUGGCUGGUUCCUGUUUCUUCGUCUCCACCCAGCAGUCCUCGGGACAGACCUUCUCCUUCCAGCUACGAGGAGUGUCCAGCGGCUACAUCGCUGUAGGCUUGUCCACAGACUCCACACAGGGUGGUAAUGACACCACCUAUGUGUGUGCCAACAACAACAGCAUCGUCCAGUUCUUCACCACUCUCUUUGACAAAGGAGUUCUGACUGACACCAACACGCUGCCUGUGAACUCUGUGAAAGGCUCAGUCAUCAAUCAGACCAUCCAGUGCACCUUCAAUGCUACUGUCCCCAACGCUGCGGUGACCACGAGCACCCGGGGCUCUGCCACUACCUUCUUCCUCAUGAUCUUAAAAGGGAACUUCACUAACGGAAUACUGGGUAGUCCCACUGCUGUCCUGUUCAGUAGUAAAGGGGUGGACCUGGGCAACCCCAACGCUACUGUGACCAACUCUUUGAACGCCAACACCACCACUGGUAAUGCCACCACUACUGCUGCUCCCUCCAGCCACGCCUUUGUCCUGCAGCACACCCUGUCUCAAGCUCUUCUGAUCCUGCUAGGUGUACUAAGUAUGAUGAUGCUGUAAUGCAGGUCUGAAAGUGAAGAUGAAAUGUCCCUUUAAGAAAUAAGAAGUUUGUGUAAAAACAGAUCCUCCAUAUUUGUCUACCCCCAUGUCAUCCUCUACAUGUAACUCAUUUAUUUGUACCAAUUUUAUUUUAUUUUAUUCUCUCUUUGCUGAUAUCGCGUUAUGAAGGAAGACAUGUUUGUCUGUGUUUCUUGGUGUAAGUGUUUGUUUCCGCACACAUACCCCCCACUGGGUACAGACGUCAAUUCAACGUCAAUUCAACGUCGGUUCAACAUCAUUUAAUUGAAACGACGUGGAAAUGUUGAUUCAACCAGUGUGUGCCCAGUGGGCCAUAGAUGAAGUCACAAGGGCUGCGUUUAGACAGGCAGCUGAUUUCUGAUCUUUUUGCAUCAGAUCUUUAUUCAGAGCUGAUCUGAUUGGUCAAAAGACCAAUUAGUGAGAGAAAAAAAACAGAAUUCGUCUGCCUGUCUAAACGCAGCCAAGGUGGCAGAAAUUGGAAUUUGUGGGUGUAUACUGUGUGUAUAUACUGUGUGUGUGAGGGAUUUUGUGUGUGUGUGAAGGCGUGCACAAUGAUGAAGCCACUGGAUGGUGAACUGUUCCUCCUGAUUACCCUUUUAAAGUAUGUGCAAUUAUGGAAAUAUUUUUAUUACCACAUGUUUUAAAUAAAUACUUUUUACAAUACAA